GUGAGCCUGGAAAACCGAUGUUUGCGACCCGCGAUUACAAGAGUGACAUGACGGUUCACAGAUUUGUGUCGGUAGUGGCCUUCCUACUAACAGGUGUGAUACUAGUUUCUGCAUCACCCGUGGGAGAAUGUCCACCGGUGGAUCCGCUGGACCACACUGACCAUCUACCGGACGACAAAAACUGUUCACUGUUCUAUAAGUGCGAUCAUGCAGCUCCAGUAUUAUUUGUGUGUCCCGACGAACUUCAUUUUAAUGCAGUACUAGAGGUAUGUGACUGGCCAGAAGUAGCUGGGUGCACUGCGAAUACAGGCGCUAGUUCUACUGCAGCGCCAACUGCUGGAUCCACGUCUGCAUCAACUUCAACCGAUAAACCGCAAACCGAUGCACCUGUCACGUCGUCACCAUCUAGCCCAGCGGAAGCAUGUCCAUCGGUCGGCACAUGUCCACAAUAUGAAGAUGAAAACUCGAUUGCUAAGCAUCUUCCACAUGCUACAAACUGCAGUCAGUUCUGCAAAUGUGAUCAUGGUAAACCUGUCACUAUGGACUGCCCUGCUGGACUGCACUUCAAUGCUGUUCUGGAGGUCUGUGACUGGCCACAAAAUGCUGGAUGUUCUGGUGGCUCUGGAAGCACAUCAAAUCCUACAAGUUCCACACCUUCAUCAAGCAGUGCUGCGACCACUCAAGCUCCUACUUCAGCACCAAGUUCAACUGCCGAAACUACCACAGCUGCACCAAGCACAACAGUCAAGCCCACCACAGCUGCACCAACGACAACAGCUCAACCGACUACAGCUGCACCAAGCUCUUCAUCAACAGCAGCAUCGAGCUCACCAGCAACGUCAGACCCAUCUGGUGACUGCCCAGCAAUCGGUGUCUGCCCUCAAUAUGAAGAUGAGAAUUCAAUAGCAAAACAUCUACCUCAUGCCUUAAACUGCAGUCAGUUCUGCAAAUGUGAUCACGGUAAACCUGUCACUAUGGACUGUCCAGCUGGACUGCAUUUCAAUGCUGUUCUCGAAGUGUGUGACUGGCCACAAAACGCUGGAUGUUCUGCUGGUUCUGGAAGCACGUCAAAUCCUACUAGUUCCACACCUUCAACAAGCAGUGCUGCCACUACUCCAGCUCCUACUUCAGUACCGACCACAUCAGUCAAACCUACCACAGCUGCACCUAGCACAACUGACAAGCCUUCCACAGCUGCACCAACCACAACAGCUAAACCAACUACAGCUGCACCAAGCUCUUCGUCCACUGCAGCACCCAGCUCACCAGCAACGUCAGCCCCAUCUGGAGAUUGUCCAGCAAUCGGUGUCUGUCCUCAAUAUGAAGAUGAAAAUUCAGUAGCAAAACAUCUUCCCCAUGCCUCAAACUGCAGUCAAUUCUGCAAAUGUGAUCAUGGUAAACCUGUCACUAUGGAUUGCCCAGCUGGACUGCAUUUCAAUGCUGUUCUUGAAGUGUGUGACUGGCCACAAAAUGCUGGAUGUUCUGGUAGCUCUGGAACGACGUCAAGUCCUACUAGCUCCACACCAUCAUCAAGCAGUGCUGCCACUACUCAGGCUCCUACUUCAGCACCAAGUACAACAGUCAUACCUACCACAGCUGCACCUAGCACAACAGUUCAACCAACGACAGCUGCCCCAACUACAACAGGGCAGCCAACCACAAUAGCACCAACCACAACAAUUCAGCCAACCACAGCUGCACCUAGCACCAGUGCCAAACCUACCACAGCUCCACCAACCACAACAGUUCAGCCAACCACAGCUGCCCCAACCACAACAGGCCAGCCAACCACAGUAGCACCAACCACAACAGUACAGCCAACCACAACUGCACCAAGCACUACAGCCAAAACUACCACAGCUGCACCAAGCACAACAGCUCAACCAACCACAGCUGCACCAAGCUCUUCAUCAACAGCAGCACCUACCUCACCAGUGACAUCAGACUCAUCUGGAGAUUGCCCAGCAAUCGGUGUCUGCCCUCAAUAUGAAGACGAGAAUUCAAUAGCAAAGCAUCUACCCCAUGCAUCAAACUGUAGUCAAUUCUGCAAAUGUGAUCAUGGUAAACCUGUCGCUAUGGAUUGCCCACCUGGACUGCAUUUCAAUGCUGUUCUUGAAGUGUGUGACUGGCCACAAAGUGCUGGAUGUUCUGGUAGCUCUGGAACGACGUCAAGUCCUACUAGCUCUACACCAUCAUCAAGCAGUGCUGCCACUACUCAGGCUCCUACAUCACCACCAAGUACAACAGUCAUACCUACCACAGCUGCACCUAGCACAACAGCUGAACCUACCACAGCUGCACCUAGCACAACUGCCAAGCCCACCACAGCUGCACCAACCACAACAGCUCAACCAACCACAGUGACACCAAGCUCUUCAUCAACUGCAGCACCCAGCUCACCAGCAACGUCAGACCCAUCUGGUGACUGCCCAGCAGUCGGUGUCUGUCCUCAAUAUGAAGAUGAGAAUUCAAUAGCAAAACAUCUUCCUCAUGCCUCAAACUGCAGUCAAUUCUGCAAAUGUGAUCAUGGUAAACCUGUUACUAUGGAUUGCCCAGCUGGACUACACUUCAAUGCUGUUCUGGAAGUGUGUGAUUGGCCUCAAAAUGCUGGAUGUUCUGGUGGCUCUGGAACCACAUCAAAUCCUACUAGUUCCACACCUUCUUCAAGCAGCGCUGCCACUACUCCAGUUCCUACUUCAGCACCGAGCACAACAGCCAAACCUACCACAGCUGCACCAAGCACGACAGCUGAACCUACCACAGCUGCACCAAGCACCACAGCCAAACCUACCACAGCUGCCCCAACCACAACAGGCCAGCCAAUCACAGUAGCACCAACCACAACAGUACAGCCAACCACAGCUGCACCAAGCACUACAGCCAAAACUACCACAGCUGCACCAAGCACAACAGCUCAACCAACCACAGCUGCACCAAGCUCUUCAUCAACAGCAGCACCUAGCUCACCAGUGACAUCAGACCCAUCUGGAGAUUGCCCAGCAGUUGGUGUCUGCCCUCAAUAUGAAGAUGAUAAUUCAAUAGCAAAGCAUCUACCUCAUGCCUCAAACUGCAGUCAGUUCUGCAAAUGUGAUCAUGGCAAACCUGUCACUAUGGAUUGCCCAUCUGGACUGCAUUUCAAUGCUGUUCUUGAAGUGUGUGACUGGCCACAAAAUGCUGGAUGUUCUGGUGGCUCUGGAACGACGUCAAAUCCAAAUAGUUCUACACCUUCAUCAAGCAGUGCUGCCACUACUGAAGCUUCUACUUCUGCUCCAAGUUCUACAGCCAUACCAACCACUGCUGCACCUAGCACAACAGCCAAACCUCCUACAGUUGCACCAACCACAACAGCUCAACCAACGACUGUGGCACCAACCACAACAGCCAAACCCACCACAGCUGCACCUAGCUCUACUGCGAGUCCUAAUGUAGAGCCUUGCGAUGCAGUUGGAUCUUGUCCUGUGUAUGACCAGGACUCUAUUGUGAAGCACCUGGCACACAGAACAAAUUGUGGGCUAUACUGUAGGUGCAACCAUGGUGUACCAAUUACGGAAAAAUGUCCGGAUGGCCUACAUUUCAACGCAAAGCUGGAAGUAUGUGACUGGCCAUCUGAUGCCGGAUGUCAAUAAGUCAGAUCUCAAUCAUCAUGGCAACCUAUGUGAACUGAAAACUGAUAUAAUCAUCUGUAAUGUUUUGUUAUGCUACUGCCUGUAACUUUUCGCUCUUCAUACUCAUUUAUUUAUUGUGUUCAUGUUGCAUAAUCACUUUUGUAAAAUAACUUCCAUCUUUAUUAAAAUUUUUGGAUUAAAAUUUUUACAAAAAUA